AAAGGCUGGACGAAGGCUUGAUCUCCGGUUGGCUGUUCUUCCGCUACAUGGCUAUUGGAGGCUACGUCGGCGCUUGCCACUGUCGGUGCUGCCACCUGGUGGUUCAUGUACAGUCCCGAGGGACCACAGAUGACCUACUGGCAACUGACUCACCAUCUGUCCUGCAUCGGAGAAAACCCCGACUUUGCUGGCAUCGACUGCAAGAUCUUCCACGGACCCCCACCCCAUGACCAUGGCUUCUGUCUUGUGCUGGUCACCAUCGAGAUGUUGAACGCCAUGAACAGCUUAUCUGAGAACCAAUCUCUGGUCGCGAUGCCGCCAUGGUGCAACCUGUGGCUGGUGGGUGCCAUGGUGCUCUCCUUCACCCUCCACUUUGUCAUCCUCUACGUCGAGAUCCUCUCUACUGUGUUCCAAGUGUGCCCGCUCACUGGAGACGAGUGGCUCACAGUGAUGAAGUUCUCACUUCCCGUCGUGCUACUUGACGAAACGCUCAAGUUUGUCGCGCGCAAGUUCACAAGAUGGUAAGAACGACUUCUUCUCCACAGUACA